AUGAGUGCAGGGAAGAGUGGCUCGGAGAGUGCCACCUCCCCCGCGGCUGUCUCCGAUAGCCCACAGGCGGCUUCUGGGGGUUCGGGCGACUUGGGGAAAGAAGCAGAUGCUGCUCUCCAGGCUCUUUCAUUCAAAAUUGACGAACACGCGCAGCCAGAAUAUGAAACAAGCUUCACAGCUGGCCGUGGAAUUUUCGGCGGUGCGUUUCCGGCAAAAGCUCAACGAACGUACUUUGCAGCUGCCAUUGCCGGACUUCUAGUUCUUGUUUUGGCGUGGUCGUUGAGAACAAAAGGCAAUAUCGAGCCAAAUGAGAACCAUUUACCUGUUGGAGGAAAUACUGCAGUUCCAAGCCUACAAGGACAGGGUGGUGCAACGGGCCCACCAGUGCAACCACCGGUCCCGCAGCAGCCUCAGGUGCAGCCGCAACCCGUCACGAUUUCACAGCCGCCACCAGUUUUUCAGAUUUUGCAACCUGAGGAACCCCCUCAAGUUGCUUCACCUCCUCCGCACCCUCAAGAACAGCCCCAAGUAAUGGCAGCGGAGCCAAGCAAGCCAGAGGAGCCAAAAGUUGAGGAGACACCAGUGACAGCAAAAGGUAUCCACAAAGAAACGAACCUCGUUAGUGAAAAGAAGCCUUCACAGACUGAGUUGCCUCCUGCUGCAGGGGGUGGCGAACCGGGCAACUAUGAACCGACAGCACCUGCCGCAUAUGACCCUGGUGUUGCUGUACAUGAAACAACACGGGAAGAAGAAGCUAAAGCAGCUGCACAAACAGAAGCAGUGAAGCAGAAGACCACCGAAGCUUCUAUAGCGUUAAGAGCGGCCCUGGAGGAGUUUUUGAAACAUGCUGGCACGGUCGGAGCAGAUGUGCAACAUGACUUUGCCCGCCGGUAUAUCUCUACGUAUAGACAAGAUGCCGGAGAGCUGAGUGUUACGUCAUACGUCGAAAACCUUGUACUGUCAGCCUUUCAACUGCAGCCAGAAGAUUCCGCUAGUCUUCGUGAAAAAACAUUGCACCUGGUGAGGGUAGCUUUUACAGCUUCACUGGUGGAGGCAAUGAGCGUACGUAUACAAGAACUAAAGGCAAGUAAGCAACGGUUUAUGGGAUCUGCUGACGCCACAGCGCAUUCACGAAGGGCCUCGACAGGCUCUACGGAUUUGAGGGACGCUGUAGAACAACCACCUGUGGACUUCACGCCUGUGAAAUUCUCCUACUUCUUAAAGAAAUUCAAUAAGUAUCUGGGCGGCAUCUCGGAUGCUGUAAAACGGGCUGACAAGAGAGAAAAAGAGGCAGGAAUGACAACGAUUCAAGGGGAUGUCACAAAGUAUCAAGCAGAGUGUCUCAUGGAGUUUCUAGCUGGCUCCAUCAUACAGAUCUUGGGUGACAAAAAAGUUCCAGACAAGAUGGCCCAGCGCUUCAGUCGAAUAGUAGGUGAUUUGGGAGACUUUGUCGAUCAAGUUAAGGGCAUGCCCCAUCAGCAAACAUGGAUUAACUAUCUUUACAGGUUUGAAUGCCCGGCGGUCGUGAUUGAGAAGGCUGAGCAGCGGUUUAGCAACCUUGGAAUUUUCGGGGCACUCACUGAUUUUCUCUCCCACAUUUCCCAAGUUCUAGUUAAAAGGAGAACAGCUGAUCACCACGACCCAAAGUAUUUAGAGCAUCUAGAAAAGCACUGGAACAGCGGUCAGUUGGAGAAGCUCGCAGAAGAAAUCAUAGAUGCUGACAGGCAAGGCAAGGAGAAAGCCUUCCAUCAUAAGCUGGCUACCCUGGAAGCUGCAGGAGACCUCUUGGAAUUCGAAACUGCUCCAGCAAGCGAAGUUGACGUGCAGCUUUUCAGGGCGGGAAUCGCUUUACUUUGA